UCCGAACCUGUGAUUUUUUUUGCUCUGCUCUUCAGCACUCAUACAAUCCCUGUCCCCUCCUGAAGUGGGGUGACUGCAUGAGGACGAUGGAGCAGGGCAGCAGCCACUUGGAGGACUUCCCUCUCAACGUGUUUUCGGUCACUCCUUACACACCCAGCACCGCUGACAUCCAGGUGUCUGAUGAUGACAAGGCAGGCGCCACCUUGCUUUUCUCAGGCAUCUUCCUGGGACUCGUGGGGAUCACGUUCACCGUCAUGGGCUGGAUCAAAUACCAAGGUGUCUCCCACUUUGAAUGGACCCAGCUUCUCGGGCCCAUCCUGCUGUCAGUUGGGGUGACAUUCAUCCUGAUCGCCGUGUGCAAGUUCAAAAUGCUCUCCUGCCAGCUGUGCAAAGAAGGUGAGGAAAGGGUCCUGGACUCCGAGCAGACAGCAGGUGGACAAUCGUUUGUUUUCACUGGUAUCAACCAACCCAUCACCUUCCACGGCGCCACCGUGGUGCAGUACAUCCCUCCUCCAUACGGCUCUCAAGAGCCUGCUGGCAUGAGCACUGCCUACCUGCAGCCAGUGGUGAGCGCUUGUGGUCUCAUGCCACCCAGAGGGGUGGUGACCGCGGCACCGAGCCCUCCUCAGUACUACACCAUCUACCCUCCCGAGAACGCUGCAUUUGUUAAUGAUCAAGACUACCCUUCCUUUGUGGAUGGUGGAAAUGACAGGUCCAGCCCUGAUGCUGACGGGCCAGAAGAAACACAGUCAGGAAAUGAGGACUCUGCUUGCUUCUCUCCUCCCCCCUAUGAGGAGAUAUACUCCCUCCCUCGCUAGAGACUAUGAAGCCAAGGAAAUAGAAUCAAAGUCACUGUUGCUGAGGAAUGAACUGUUCUGUGCUGUGACCUUCAGAAGUUAGACAGCAGAGCAGCCCAGGCAGCCUGACAGAUACCAUUCAAGGUGGGGGAAGGCGGAAGUGGGAGGUAAAAUGUCUCAGAUUGGUACAAAUUAGGCUGGGGUGGGGGAAUUCCCUUCUGGCACAGCUACACAUCCCCUGCAUACAGUUCAGGAGCAGGGAUUUCUGAUUUUCCACUACCCACCUCUUUCCUAUGGGAAGGCCUGGGUGUCACAAUUG